CUCUGGCGUCACCUCUGGCUCGGGACAGCCGCUGCCGUCACGGCCGGGACCUGUCCGAGCCCCCCAGGGAAAGGCCGCGUUUGGGACAAGAGAAAAUUACCGCCCUGGCUUGCGCAUUUGUCGAGAAGGGCCCAGCGAACAGUUAAAUAAAUGUUUAAAAGCAGUAAAAUAUUAGCACAUUGUUAUACGAGAUAAAAAGUGAUACUUGUGCCAAAACAAUGCAUUUCAUUGCCUCCAGCGUGUAAAAAUCAUUGUCCAUGAAUCAGCAGAUGUUUUGGUUCUUGAGCAUCCUCAGUCAUAUCAUCUACUGUUUCCAACUUAACUUUGAUACCACACUUGAGAAACUAGAUUUACUGAAUUGGUUGUUUUAUUACUGGGACAUGUGAAAAAGCCUCUGGAGCUAUAAAAACUCUUCAUGAUUUUAUGGGUCCCUGUCCUAUGAGAAUCUUACCUGCAGUUUGCAAAGGGGAAAUGUCCUGAAGAUGGAUGGGAUGAAAGCACCAUUGAAUUGUUUCUUCAUGAACUUGCUAUAAUGGAUAGCAAUAACUUCCUGGGCAACUGUGGUGUUGGUGAGAGGGAAGGAAGAGUGGCGUCAGGGCUUGUUGCCCGAAGGCAUUACAGAUUGAUCCAUGGAAUUGGAAGAUCAGGUGAUAUUUCUGCAGUACAGCCUAAAGCUGCAGGUUCAAGCCUUUUGAACAAACUUACUAAUUCAGUAGUUCUGGAUGUUCUAAAACUGGCAGGUGUCCGGACAGUGACCAGUUGCUUUGUGGUUCCUAUGGCAACAGGCAUGAGUCUAACUCUGUGUUUUUUAACAUUGAGACACAAGAGACCAAAGGCAAAGUACAUUAUCUGGCCACGUAUAGACCAGAAAUCUUGCUUUAAAUCAAUGAUAACUGCAGGUUUUGAGCCUGUGGUGAUAGAAAAUAUGUUAGAAGGUGAUGAGCUACGGACAGACCUCGAAGCAGUGGAGGCCAAAAUCAAGGCUCUUGGUGCUGAAAAUAUUCUUUGUGUGCAUUCUACAACAUCUUGCUUUGCUCCAAGGGUUCCUGAUAGGCUAGAGGAACUGGCUGUGAUUUGUGCUAAUUAUGACAUUCCACAUAUUGUCAACAAUGCCUAUGGAGUUCAGUCUUCAAAAUGUAUGCAUCUUAUCCAGCAGGGUGCUCGAGUUGGCAGAAUAGAUGCUUUUGUUCAGAGCUUGGACAAAAAUUUUAUGGUUCCAGUAGGUGGUGCUAUCAUUGCUGGCUUCAAUGAGUCCUUCAUUCAGGAGAUCAGCAAAAUGUAUCCAGGAAGAGCAUCUGCGUCUCCUUCUUUAGAUGUCCUCAUUACACUUCUGUCUUUGGGAACCAGUGGCUACAAAAAGUUACUGAGAGAGAGAAAGGAGAUGUUUUCAUAUCUUUCAAGCGAACUGAAGAAGCUGGCAGAUAACCACAAUGAGAGACUGUUAGACACACCACAUAAUCCCAUUUCCUUAGCCAUGUCACUGAAGAAUCUAGAUGAAACUAAUGAUGCUGCUGUUACCCAGCUUGGAUCUAUGCUUUUCACGAGACAAGUUUCUGGGGCAAGGGUUGUUCCCUGUAGGUCUGUACAAACUGUGAAUAACUACACUUUUAAAGGCUUUAUGUCACAUGCAAAUGAUUAUCCUUGUGCUUACCUCAAUGCUGCCUCAGCAAUUGGAAUUAAAAAACAAGAUGUUGAUGUAUUCCUAAAAAGACUUGACAAGUGUUUGAAGACUUUUAGAAAAGAAGCAAAGCAAGAAAAAAGUAUAAAUGAAAUAAGUGAUGCUAACACAGCCACAGAACAACUUGAAGACUAGAAGAUACAGAUUUAGUAACACUGGAAGAUAACGUUUUGUCAGAAGUAUGUCAGCUUUGUAUUAGAUUAGGACUGUGCAUCUGCACUGCAAAAAUUUAUUCUUGAUCUUAUAUUCUUGUUACUGAAAACAAUAAUAAAAAUUUGGGUGGAAUCCAGGUUUAAGAAAGUAGGUUAUACUUUCUCCAAGAACGAAGGACCAGACACAAGUUUUAUUGCAAUAUAUGAAAUGCACUUAAUAUCUGCCAAAGUACAGCUUUAUGUUCACAAAGACUUAGAGUUUGUCUUUCAAUCUGUAUCUGGCUAUUUGUACCAGUGUUUACUAAAUCACAGUGUGUUUAUUCACAUAUUUUGUCUAACAAUAUUGUCUGGGUUGGUGACUGAAUUCCCUCCUAGGUGUAGACCAUCCAAACAAUGCAUUUCUCUGCUCCUAAAAUUCUUUGGUUUUCAUCGGUGAAUGUGUUUUAGUUUCUUUUCAAAGAUUUAUGCAAAUGUUGGUAUAGCACUUACUAAAUACAGUGUUCAAACUGCAUGAGUAAAUGACAGAGUUGGAAUAGUAAUGUUUUUGAGGUGUUCUCACCUGUCAUGAACUACCUAGAACCAGUCAGCCUCCAGUGCCAAAAAACCUAGAGUACCUCAUAUCCUGUCAGUACUCAGGUCUUGAAAACAUUUGCAUAGUUCAGCAGCCCAAAAGAGCUUUAAUACUGAAAGUCAGGGGUUGUGAAGACGUACUGUCAUUGGGGAUUUUGGCUUUGUUUAUUAUAUUUUUGUUCUUCUCAUUUGAUAGGGUAGCCAGAUCAAAAACUCACUGAAAAGGAGGAAUGUCAUGUAGGAAUAGUGCAUCAGUUUUAAGAGCCAGUAAGGCCUGAGAGUAUUUUGGCAUUUUUAGUCUGUUGUUGAAAUUUAUAUACUUCCCUAUUUGUCGUGUCUCUUGUCAUUGGCACUGUUGCUUCUGUGGAUCUGUGCAGUUGCUGAUUUGAAUUCAUUAAGCAAACAAUAGACUCAUGGUCUGUUCCUCAAACAAAGGUUUUUUAUCACUGGAGUGACAGUGCUGCAGGUUGCAAAAUGUGUAGUUAUUCUUAAAUGUGGUUACUACAUUGUACAUAGCUUCUAUGUAAUUUACUGUUCAAAAUAAGCAUAAUGUUUAAAGACA